AUGCUGCUAUCGAGUAAAAUUGCAGUGAGUGGUAAUACGAACACUCAGACGCAGUCAGGUGCAUAUCAGCAGCACGGCCGUAAGAUUUCACCGAUUGGUGGACCACAUCCCGGUGAACAUUUGAUAAUGCGUCAGAAAUUUGAUAGCGCCGAGCGACCAACCGAGAACGGUGGUGCGAAGGUCAUCUAUCGAUUAGCCUCUUUCGAUAGCGCAUCUGAUCUGGGUUCGUUGAUUCAUCUUGGUUUGUUUCCAGCGAUUAUGGCGACCAAAAAAAAGUUCCGUCUCGGAAAUCACAAAUGA